ACAGCCGAAUAUCGUUUAUAGAUAGCGACAUUUAAUUGGUCAAUAGAGUAUAUAAAGCGAAUCUGAAAUUUGGUCAGGCAAGUUGUAUCUACGACAAUACAGAGUGUGAACACAUAACGUAUUAUCUUUUUCGAAAAGCAAAAUGAAAGCCGCAAUUAUCCUUGCACUUGUGGUCUUCGCCGUCUAUGUAAGCUCUGAUAAUUCCGUUAGACUGGACUGUGAUACCAAUAUAACGGUGAACCAUACGAUGGUUCGACACCCAUGCAGCUGCACCACUUACUUCGUUUGUCUGACCGACCCACCAAUGCCCAUGGAAUGUCCUUCUGGUCUUUACUUCAAUGAAGAAAAACAAGUUUGCGACUACAAAAUUAAUGUCGUUUGCAGACCAAAGCCAGGAUGUCUUUAAAAAUACUAAAAAUAUUCCAAUGCUAUGAAUUCAUAAAUAUCACGCUAUUGUUAUUGCAAAGAAUUUAUAGAAAUGAAAAAAAGAACUUCUGCAGUCAUUAAAUUGUUCGUUUGAUGUUUCAAAAACUGUAAUUAUUAUUGCCGACAUGCAUAUUUUUAUUUGUUUAUUAUUCAUAUAAUACGGUGUAUACUUCAUUAUGUAAAAAUAGAUUUUAUAUUAUAUUUGUUCUCCUUA